AUGAUUGAAGUUGUCUGUAGGUCCGUUCUAUGGGCUGGAAAUCGUGUGAUCUCAAAAAAGGCCUUAGUUUCAUGGGAGAGAGUCUGUCAACCAAAAGCAGCAGGAGGAUUAAAUGUUAUGAACUCGAGGCUGUGGAAUGAGGUAGCUAUUUUGAAGCAACUCUGGGCUAUAUCACUGAAAAAAGACUCUCUCUGGAUCAGGUGGGUCCACUAUUACUAUAUUAAACAGAGAUAUUUGGAGAAUAUGGACAUACCCAAGACUGUAGCUUGGGUAGUUAGGAAAAUCAUUGCCAGCAAAGACUAUCUGAUGACUCUGAACUCUAUCCAAGGCACACUACAACAAAGACUAUCUAGCAUGGAGAAGAAUGGAUACAAGUUCAACUUGUGGUUAGCUAUACAGAAAAGGCUAGCUACAAUUGACAGACUACAGAAGUUUGGCAUUGAUGCUCCUGAAGACUCUGUCUUCUGUAGUAGUUUUGAUCACUUGUUAUUCACCUACUCAUACACCAGCAACAUUUGGGCUAGACUGCUGAAAUGGUUGGGGCAUACUAGAGUAAUUAGUAACUGGCAGGAAGAAAUAGAAUGGAUAAGCAGAAUGGCUAGAAGGAAAACAUGGAGGGGCCUCUAUUACAUAUUGUACUUUUUCCAUGAUGCUUUACUGCAUUUGGCAUCUGAGAAAUUCCAUGAGAUUCCAAGGUGCAAGACUGGAAACUGA